AACAACAAACAUGAAAAAACUGAGCAAUCGAAUAAUCGUAUUAUGCGAUUCAUCGAUAUAUUGUUUCACAUCACAAGAGAACUCAACACAUACACUUAAACGCCAAACGAAAACAAACAAAAACAUAAAUUUGUUUGCAAUGGUAAAAAACGAACCCAAUUUUGUUGUUGAACGCAUCGUGGACAAACGAAUCACAUCUGAUGGCAAAGUAGAAUAUUUUAUUAAGUGGCGUGGCUAUCCAUCCGGCGACAAUACCUGGGAGCCGGAGGAAAACUGCGAUUGCCCUGCUCUCAUACAAAAGUUCGAAGAGUCCCGAGCCAAAUCUAAGAAACGCGGCGAAAAGAAACCAAAAUGUGAGGAAAUCCAAAAGCCGCGGGGCUAUGAGCGUGGCUUGGAACUGGCAGAGAUUAUGGGUGCAACGGACGUAACGGGUGAAAUCAAAUACCUUGUUAGAUGGCAAUUUUGUGACGAGUUCGACUUAGUGUCAAGCAGCCAAGUAACCGAGAAAAAUCCGGAAAUGCUCAUUGAAUACUAUCAGAAGAUGGCUCCUUACACUGGCUACAUCAAUAAGCGUAUGCAGGGCGUGCCCGAAGAGUUACGUGCAACAGCGGCGCAAACGGGCUAUGCUGUCAGCAGUGCUCCUACGGAUGCAGUCGAGCCAUCCGUAUGCAGUGUUGAUUCCGAGCAGCUGCCGUCGGUAGCACCAAAACAAGUGUCACUUGAUGUACCCGUACAGCAGGAAGAUGCUGCAGAUUCUGAAAUGGACAAUGUUGGUGUUUCCUAUUCCAUACCCGUACCGGGCGUGGGUAACAUUGCUAUUGAUGUCCCAAUGGUAGACAAUUGAUAGAGAAAGAUUUACUUGACUAGAAAUUAACGUACUUUUAUAAUUAUAUUAUGAAAAUUAAAACACAAUUUCAAUUA